AUGCUAGCUCCUCAAUACAUUUUAACAAAAUUUUAGGAGUUUUUAGAAACAUAGCUUGAAAAUAAACCAAACAAAAAUGAAGUAAUAAAGAAAUUAAGAGACUUUAAUAGAUAUUUUACUGCAAAUAAUUAUAACAUAAGCAAAGGGUUUGAAUAUUUUUAGAACAAUUAAAACAAUAUACAAUAAUUAACACCUAUACCCAAAAUAAUUAUUGAUAAACUUCAAAUACUUGAAACUGUAAUGUAACCUACUGGACAAGGUUUAUAAGGUAUAUAUUAUGCAAUUAUGAUUGGAUUAUAAAAUAAAAAAGGGUAAUUUAUUGCUGAUGGAACACCUUAUUAACAAUUAAAUUAAUUGAUAAAAACUAAUUAAAUUAAUUAGAACCUUGGAUUAUGGUAUUUUACAGAAAUAGCAACAAUUCUAUUGAAAAAUAGUAUAAAUAUAAAUUUGACUAAUCAUUUGCUUGAGAAUGGUAUAUAAAUUAGUGAUUAAAUUGAUGUUAAAAAUUUGUCUAUUGGUCAAAGUGCACUUUUAGUUGAUAACCUUAAAUAUGUUAUAAAUGUUGAUAUACAAUAAAUACUUUAUUACAAACCAAAUAAAACACUACAUAGAUUAGUGCUAUUAAAUUCUAGUCUUCCUAAUUGUCUAAAAAUAAUGAUAGAAAAUGAUUUAUAUUAAGAUGUGUUAUUGUUUUCUUUAUUUUAAGAGGAUUAAAAUACUCAAAGAAAUCAAUAAUUAAUAAAUUCUCAAAAAUACUCUCAACAAUAAUAUUACUCUCAAUAAUAAUAAUAUUAGAAUACUAAAUCAAAGUCUCUUUAGCAGUAGGUGAAAAUACUUUUAGAAGAGAUGAAUGUUCAGACAGAUACUCUUAUUGAAUAAAAUUAAUUAAAGAUAUUGUCUGAGUAUAAAGCUUAGUAAUUGAUUAAGAAAAUGAAGAAUUAAAUAUUGUCAGAGGAGAAGAAAAAAUGUUUGAAAUGUUAAUAAGAGUUUAUUAGUGAUGUUGGAAGCGUAGCAGGAUAAAUUACAAGUUUUUGUAUGAAAUGUUUUAAAGAAUUUUCAAUUUGA